AUGCGUCUAUUCAGCUUGGGGCAGUCAUGUCUGUUCUUAACCGCUGCUCUCUACUCUCCACAUGGAGUGUCAGCUGCGGUUGUACCCCGAGAUGCAAGGAGUGUUAUGGUUAAUGAUUGGGAAUCAAUAACCCCGUCCCCCGACUUACAAUGGAUCCCCUGCUUCCAAAACUUUACAUGUGCGCGGCUAGAGGUCCCUCUUGACUACGGAAAUCCCACUCGAGGAUCCACUGCCAUUGCCUUUAUGAAGCUUGCCGCGCAGAAUGUUACAGAAAAUACACGAAACAUCGUCAUUAACCCAGGUGGCCCGGGAGGCUCCGGUGUCGAGAUUCUUCUGGCAAAUAGCAUACCUUUUGCAGAGGUCAUCCAAGCCGAGCAUAAUGUUGUUGGCUUUGAUCCCCGUGGCGUGGGGUUCAGCGGGCCAAAUGUAGACUGCUGGCCUAGCCAUCCUGAAGCUCGGGCUCAGUUCGAGAAGCUGUUCUAUUCUGACACAUCCUACGCCUCGUCCACGGCUUUAAGUCAUCAGUUCUCUGCUGCGGACUUUUUUGGUGAAGCAUGCACCGCUGCUGUAGGCGGGUCCAACGGCUCUGCUGCCUUUGUCAGCUCCCCGGCAGUCGCUCGAGACUUGCUUGCCUAUACCAAGGCCGAGCAACGAGCCGCUGGGAAGCCAGAAAAUGAAGCAAAGCUUUCUUACUAUGGCAUUAGUUACGGCACUGUGAUAGGUACUACAUUUGCGCACCUUUUCCCAGAAAACGUGGGCCCCAUGAUCCUGGAUGGAGUACUUGAUGUGGAAGAUAUUUAUGAACUUGGUUGGAGACAGAACUUGUACGACUCUGACAAGGCGAUCGACGCCUUUUACAAGUACUGCAACGAAGGCGGGCCCCAGAGCUGCGCGUUUUGGGGCCCAACGCCAGCCAGUAUCCAGCAUCGUCUUGAGAAACUGCUGGAAACCCUGAAGUACAACCCUAUUCCCGUUCCUAGCUCGCCAACUUGCUCCAUACCUCUGCUCGCAACUUACUCGGGCCUGAAAGAGCUUGCUCUCCAAGCAGUUUUCAUCCCCCUGCAAGGAUUUCCGGUCCUCGCCAACGUUUUCGCAAGCCUAGAGAAGGGCGACGCAAGCGUAUAUAUGGCGGCUGUGACAAGCGGAUUCCUCCCUUCUAAUCCUUGCAACAAUGGAACACAAGGGACUACCAAGGAUAUUAACACUUUGAUCAAGUGUGUGGAUGGGUAUAACAGUCACAGUCUCCAGACUCUAGACCAAUACCGGAGCUAUGUCGACUCUUUGACUGCUGAGAGUAGAUUCUUCGGUGAAGUCUGGCCUAACAAUGCCAACGGCGUCACUUGCAGGUCUUUCCAUGUUCAACCUCCUCAAUCUGGAAUUCUUUCCGGCAAAGACACUGCAACCCCAAUUCUAUUCGUCAGCAAUGAGAUUGAUCCUGUCACUCCCAGAAGAGGUGCUUAUAAAAUGUCCUCUGUGUUCCGGGGCUCUGAGGUACUGAUCCAGGCAUCAGUCGGACACACUGCUAUUGCCAGUGUAUCUAAGUGUUUGAUUCAGAGGGCCCAGGCAUACUUCUCACACGGGCAGCUGCCGCCUCACAAUACAGUCUGUCAGCCAGACGUUGUACCAUUCCAGAGUGUCACUCGGAGCGCUAAGGUCUAA